GGCGAUCCCUGCCAUUCGCCGGCGUGCGCGUCCCUCGUAGCCCGACCGAAGCUACACCUUGGCCGUGUGUGGGUCAGCGCCGUGCCGAGGGGGCGGUCUCUCUCUGGGGCUUCUGCGUUCUAGGGAUUACAAACCUCUGCGGGACUGAAAUUUAUUGUCUUGCCUCGGUUCCCACUGUUGCGCUUGUGCGUCUGUGCCGAAACACAAGGAUUGUCUCCCCGACUUACAAACCUGCAAGCGUUCAUUUAACAAAACCAAGCUAAACGAACAAGAUGCUUCGUCGGAUGUUGCUGUUCGCGGCUGUGAGCCAAUCGGGAAAGCAGCACGGGCCCCCUCCUUUCUAGAUCAGCUGACUGGAACACUUUGUCUUGAUUGGUCAAGACCCAGCACCCCGACUUGCUGAGACUCUUGGGAAGAGUUGAAAGGCCACUGAUUGGACACCGCUGCCUACCAUUCCAGCCGCCUGGGACAGACAGGUCCAGCAUGGUGGUCUCCUAGAGUCGGGACCAUCACUCCUGGAUAUGAGUGGUACCCCGGGGCCGCGGCCCCCCCUCGCAAUGCUGGCCCUCGUGGUGGUCUCCUGCCUGGUGCAUGCCCCCGCUGCCCCCGCCGCCGUGCCCUUCCCCAAGGACCUGGAGCCUAUCAGCGUGGUCAGCAGGCAGAGCUCCUACCUCUACCCCACGUUUCAGGGCCUUGUGUCUGACAACGACACCCUGAGGCUGGGCCUGGACUUCCAGCGAAUGGUGCGCAUCAACCGCGCGCUGUACAUCGCUGCUAGGGACCACGUGUUCGCCGUCAAUCUCAGCGCUGCGUCCGAGCGGAUCGUCCCGCAGCAGAAACUGACGUGGAAGACAAAGGAUGUAGAGAAGUGCACCGUGAGAGGCAAGAACAGCGACGAGUGCUACAACUACAUCAAGGUGCUGGUUCCACGUGACGACGAGAUGCUGUUCGCAUGCGGAACCAACGCCUUCAACCCCACCUGCCGCAACUACAAGAUGUCCACUCUCGAGCAGGACGGGGAGGAAGUAGUUGGACAAGCCCGUUGUCCCUUUGAAUCCCGGCAGUCCAACGUUGGCCUCUUCGCAGGUGGCAGUUUCUACUCGGCCACGAUGACGGACUUCCUGGCGAGCGAUGCGGUGAUCUACCGCAGCCUCGGCGAUAGCGCGCCAGUCCUCCGCACGUUCAAGUACGACUCAAAGUGGCUUCGAGAACCACAUUUUCUCCAUGCUAUUGAGUACGGGAACUAUGUUUACUUCUUCUUCAGUGAGAUUGCAGUGGAGUACACGACCCUAGGCAAAGUAGUGUUCUCCCGUGUGGCCCGGGUAUGUAAAAAUGACAACGGCGGUUCUCCACGGGUACUGGAGCGUUACUGGACCUCUUUCCUAAAGGCCCGGCUCAACUGUUCAGUGCCGGGAGACUCCUUCUUCUACUUUGACGUCCUGCAGUCCCUGACGAACGUGCUGCAGAUUAACCAGAGGCCUGCCGUGGUGGGAGUCUUCACCACACAGGUCAACAGCAUCACCGGCUCAGCAGUGUGCACCUUCUACAUGGAUGACAUUGAGAAAGCCUUCAACGGGAAGUUCAAAGAGCAGAGGAGCAGCGAGUCGGCCUGGACGCCCGUCCCGGAGGAACAGGUUCCCAAACCCAGGCCAGGCUCUUGUGCCGGCGAUGGCCCCGCGGCUUCCUACAAGUCCUCUGUCUCCUUCCCCGACGACAUGCUCUCUUUCAUCAAGUCCUACCCGCUCAUGGAUGAGGCUGUUCCUUCAGUCAAUAACCGGCCCUACUUUACGCGUACCACCAGCAGGUUUAAGCUGACUCAAAUAGCUGUGGACACCUCUGCUGGACCAUACAAGAACCAGACUGUUUUGUUCCUGGGCUCGGAGGAUGGCAGGGUGCUGAAGGUCCUGACUAGCACCCAUCCCAACUCUUCUUUCAGCACCCUGCUCCUGGAGGACAUUGAUGUUUACAAUCCUGCGAAGUGCAACGUGCGUGGUGAGGACCGGAAGGUUCUGGGCUUGGAGCUGGACAGGGAGCACCACGGCCUGUUCGUGGCCUUCUCCAGCUGCAUCAUCCGAGUGCCCCUCAGUCGCUGCGCGGAUCACGGCACCUGCAAGAAGAGCUGCCUGGCUUCCCGUGACCCCUACUGCGUCUGGCUGAGGAAUGGAAGCUGUGCGACCGCGACUCACACCCUCAGGGUUGGGUUUGAACAAGAUAUUGAAGGUCUGUUGAGGGAACACCAAGACUCCUGCCAUGAUGUCCAGGCCACCACGCGGAAGCAGAACACAGCCGCUGAUUCAGCUUAUGGGAAGACCACACCCACAAGUGCCAGCACUACCAAUCGUGGGGCGGCUUUUCCAAUGGUGACAGUUGACCCACAGAGAGGUACUGGUCCAGAUGACCGCCCUCCUGUGGGGGAGCAGGGGUCACCUGACUUGGAAGCAAUCAGUGUGGAGAAGAAGGGGGUUCGGCGGUCACCAGAACCAGAGAAGUCCAACCACAGUGUCCACUAUACCCUUCUGAUUGCAUGCGUCUUGGUGGCUUUCGUUCUGGGUGCCUUUCUAUCCGGCUUCCUGGUCUCCUGUUACUGCAACCACAACGUCCACAAGACCAAGCGGCUCGACAAGGACCCCGAGGCCCCCAUCCCUCAUGCCCUCUCCCUGCGGAGCCUGGCCCGGCUCAGCGGCCUGCUGGACAACCCAAGCAAGGAAGAAAAGCUGGAAGUGUCCUCGCCCAAGCUGUACAAGUCUUUGAUUCCCAAUGGAAAGGAGCAUCCUCCUGGCAGGGCCGGGCGGCACAUGGUUGCAGGGGAGCUGAGCCAUUCGCAUCACCACCACAACUCGGAGCUCUCUGGCUUGCCAACCCCCGAUUCGACGCCCGAACUGCCCAUCAAGAGUAUGAAAGCUUUCAAGAAUCAGUGGGAGAAGAACCAGAACUGCAACAACGGCAAGGACGCGAAGCCGCACAAUGUGAGCAACUCCAGGCCAAACUCGAUGCUCCAUCCGCAGGCUUUUCCUUUCUCCCAUGGGCUGGCCAAUGGGCAAGGCCUGGGAUGCGCUCUUCACUUGGACGACCGCAAGAUCCCGAACGCCGAGCGGGUGAUGACCCAGCCGUACGCCAGCUUCACCCAGAAGGUGGUAGACGUCACAUCAUUAGAUGAGUUCCUGAAGCACAUUCACGAAGUCGGGGGCAAGAACAUAACUGUUCUGACGACUUCCUUACCACCCAAUGGGAACCAGAUGGCCUUCACUAACCGAGUACAGCCGCACGUCCCUGAGACCGAGUCCGCACCAUACUACAGCUCCACGACGUUGCCCAGGGACAGUCUGACGCGUCGCAUGGACGUCCCCCCAGAUAUGCCACCACAUCAGUCUACCCUUGAGAGGGCGCCCCGCCAUCUCAUCCAGAGGCAUUCCCUGAACUCGACCUCCAAGAUGUCAAACGGUGGAGUGGUCCCUCGCCAACACAGCUUCGGUCACCGUGGCAACCACCAGCCAACUCCGUUGCUGGCCCGGAUGCAUUCCACCGGUAGCGCCUGUGAGGUCCACCAUCCCAUCAUCCCCAGCACCUACCUGACGCGCCAGCACAGCUACAGCGAGCACCCCGAGGUGCACCGGAGCGUGGUCGUCCGCCGAAGCUCCUCGCUCAAGCCAGACGUCCCCCCUAAACCCCUCUUCAUCCCAGCCACGUCCCCUGUCAAUCUGCAGGGCAAAUUCAACUACUGAAGGGGGAGACGCAAUCAGGAAGAGGACGUUCCUUCCCUAAAGGACUCCCAAAAACUGAAGAUGAGGUGAAAAGGGGAGAAAAUGGGCUUUUUAUCUUGUCAAAUCUGCAUCAAACUCGUUUUGCUACACAUCCAAUGAAUGUCUUUGUACCAUAUUGGUAUUUCCUUAUAAAACGCAACUUGCUUAUAGAAAUGUGAUGGACUAGGAGAAUGUUUACCAGAGGCUGCCGUGAUUAGAGUAGAUCUGUCUCCCGUUGAUGUUCCGCAGUGCAUCCGAUACUGAUGAAAACGUGAGCGUCAAAAACAAUUCAACUCAGAGCCUAGGGUCACAUGAGCGCAGUGUGAAACUGAUGGCCAGAUACUCCAGUGUUCCUCUGAUGUGAGUUUCUACACCUGACUGAUUCUCUUUAUGUCAUGUACAUAUAUGCAUGUGUGUGUAUGUGUGUGUGUUCAUCUACACAGUACAUGUAUACGUAUGCAUAUAUAAUGUUUCUCCCUGGAACAUCUGGAUGAACUUCAAGGCAGCUGCUCCGUUGCCUUAUCAUGUCAGCAAAAGCAUAUCAUGGAAAUAGCUUCACCACUGGCAUUCAGUACCUCCAGAUAGGACUAUCCUAAAUGAGCCUGAAUUAUAACCUGUAAUCUAUGCUGUGGUACCAGGCCAAAUGCAUUGGAGAGUAAUAUCGGGUGCUUUCAUUCUCCUGCCACAUGUUAGCCCUCGAAUGUGAGGCUGUCUGAAGUAUCACUGCAAGGGGGAGUUCAGGUUGCUAUGCUACGUUAGCACCAGCCGCACGGAAGCCACCUUGUACUCUCCAGGUCCACAGCCAAGGUAGAAGGUUUUUUUCCAAAGCUGCUUCUACUACAUUGUGAAUAUUGCUAAAAGCUGCCCUCCCCCUUGAAAUGGAAACCCAAAUAUUACCCAAUGAACACAUGGAAUUCAAAGCAACGAUAUAUAUAUAUAUAUAUCUUUUGUUUUUUUCUAAAAGAGGACCCUAGAUACAGGACUCAAAUGCAGAACCUGUCUAGGGAAGGACUAGUCAUUAAUUUUAAUGUAGUAAUGACCAAUGUUAAAAUUAACUUUGUGGUUCUUGUUGUAAAUAAAUGCAUAACGACUAGCCAAUUUUUAAUUUUAUGUGUAAAUGUGUGCCUUAUUUAAUAUUUUGUGUGCUUGGGGUUUUAAUAGGAGACGAGGAGACUGUAUUAAAGGUUUUCUUUGUUAUUAAAAUGCGUCAUGGUCAUUGUAAAUUUUGUGUGUUUAACACCUACUGAAAGGACCGGGUGGGACUGAAUCUCUUACUCAUGAUAAAGUCAUUUUCAUCGUGAGUUUGGUUUUUGUUAUAUAUAAUUUUUCGAGCUGCCAUUGUACAUUCAUGUUGUGUGUCACGCUUCUGGGUCUUAUACUGUCUAAACAUCUUUGGAAGAUCCAAAGGCACAGAGCAAAACAUGAACGACUAAUGCAGCUGCUUCAUGUUGAUCUCUGCACUUGUGUUGCCAUUUCUUGGUCAUACAUAUGGACAAAAACACAUCUUUAAAUGCCAGGUUUCACAUCAGUCACAACGAUAAUGCACAUCGCUCGGAAUGCGUUUUCCUAAGUGAGCAAUGAGCACGACAGGUGUGACAUGUGAUCACGUCAGCAUUACUACUGACUGGGAUGAGUGAUGUGUGGAUUCUCUCCAUCGCAGAGGCCUGUUUUUUUACCAGGUUCAUGGUGGUGAUGGUGCUCACCAUUCUGAUGCCACUUCCUGGUUAAAAAAAUAAUCAUAAUAAUCUGGUUAACCUGUCCCUGCAUUUGCUGGUAACAGCCAAGCAAAUUUUUGUUAUAAAUACUUUUCGUCAACUGGGCACCUCAAGGUUUUUCCCAUCUGUGCCUGAAUCUCUGAUUCGCAGCCAUGUUGUUAGAUUCUGAGCAGUUUUUUUUUUCUCUUUCCUCAUUGACCCGCAAACCCAGGAUGCAGAUGAUGAGUCCUGCAGUACUAAUGCAGCGCUUUCUUUACAUAAACCUUAGUUCCGAGAUGAUAAACUCCUAUUUAGGUGAAUAACAUGAGUGCACAAUGCAACCAGUCCGGGCAGAGAAAUGUAUGGUGUCAUCAAGUUCAGUGUAAUUAUCCGAGGAGAUUGUAUGUGAAAGGGAACGGUCUGUCUGCUGUAAGUAAUUUUGCUUUGGUAAUUCUUAUAAUUGCACAGCGUAAAUAAAGCCCCAAGUCUGUUUUU